AUGAGGGAGCUGCUCCAGUUUGUAGCUUUCUUCAUCUCCCUCGUUUCUGUUGGCUUCCUUAUUGUGGCCACGUGGACAGACUGCUGGAUGGUGAAUGCAGAUGAUAGUUUAGAGGUGAGUCAGAAGUGCCGAGGCCUCUGGUGGGAAUGUGUAACAAGUACAGUCGACGGGAUUCGAACAUGCGAUGACUAUGAUUCAAUCCUGUCUGACCUUCCCUUGAAGUUGGUGAUGACACGAGCUCUGAUGAUCACUGCGGAUAUUCUGGCUGGAUUUGCCUUCAUCAUCCUCAUCCUCGGCCUGGACUGCAUCAAGUUCCUCAAGGACAACCCGGCCAUCAAACUGCGCAUUUGUUUAGUGGCGGGUGUGACCCUGCUGAUCGGAGGGAUUCCGGGGAUGAUUGGUUCGGUUUGGUAUGCUGUUGAUGUGUAUGUGGAGAGAUCCACCUUGGUCAUUCAGAAUGUCUUCCUCGGUAUCCAGUAUCAGUGGGGCUGGUCUUGCUGGCUGGGCAUGACUGGGUCAAUGGGCUGUUUCCUCUCGGGUGCUGUCCUUGCCUGCUGUCUCUAUCCUUUUGAAGACACAGGUGCCAGGAGGAAUCACGCCCUGUAUCAGACGGGCAGGAGUGCUAUAGGAAAGAUGUACGCCAUUGAUUCUCGGGUGUAG